AAGUGCCUAGGAUAUUCUUUUCUGAGAACUGAUCAGACAUUUCUUAAUGAAUGCCAAGUAGGGCUAAUCAUAUCUUGAAUUGCCUAGUGGCUUACUAGCAACCAAUUUAGUUUACAUAACGUAACUCACCAGGUACCUAGGAUAUUGUUCACAGAAAUCCACAAGAUAGUCCUAUGACCCAUCCCUCCACACUAACGAAUGAGUCAUUCUAAAAAUACAGCUGGUUGGAUAUCCAUGAGUACAGUAAGAAUGGAAAAAUAGGUUUUUCUGGACUUGUCACCACAAUGAAAUCCCUAAUGUAGGCAUACCCUUGUCCCCUGCUCAUCCCAGGCCAAAACUAAGGCUCAGUUGAACGGGCCACCAGAUCCUCAAGGGGGGGGGGCAUGGGUUUCAUAUGGAACCAAAUAGUCCAUACACUGCAGAGCAUCCUAUCUCCCUUCCAAAAAAUACAGUUGAUGGUAAAUGGGUUGAGUAAACAAUUGUUUGGUUAACUAUGCUUAAGUGAAGUGUGAGGGCAAAUUUAAUUUUUUCUACAAUCCAAUAAAAUGGAAAAAUGUUCACUACUAGAUGUACACAACAUGGACUGAAAACUUCAAUUCGCUUUUAUGUUUUAAUAAAUGAAACCUGACUCAAGAUUGCAAAAUCAAAAAAGCAUGUAGGAAGAAGGCAACUGAAACUUUUUCCAUGAUGUUGUGGAAGAAUAUAAUGUGGCCUUAUUGCUGCAGUCCCAACUCUUCCAUGUUACGUUUCACCAAGGGCACUCACUAGAAAAUGGAUUGAUUUUAAUUUUACUAAUUUACUAAAUGAAUAAAAAAGACAGGAAAACAGAUUUUUUUUAAAAAAAAAAACUGGGUAUGGAUAAGAAGGGUACAUCUACGUUCUUUGCUUUUUCAAAAUAAAAAGAAAGCAGAACUUCCAGAUUGAUUUCAAUUCUAUGUUCUGCUCAGUCUCAGUAACAAUAUUUAUUAAAUUCGCCCAUCUCACGCAGGACGUUCUCUCCAGAUCAUUUUCCUGGGACAGGCAUCGGGGACGCGUCACGCAGAGAUCUCUAGCAGAGCCCAGGAAUCUCUCUGUGCAGUUGUGCCUUUCUGCUGGUCUUCGGCCCAGAGAGCUCAUGCGUGGUCGCUCUGCUCGGGUGCUGCUGGCCCUUUAAGCCGCGGGGAGGAGAAGCGUUGCGAGCGAAUGGCGCUCGGGUCCGCUUGCGGCUCGCAUCUUUCUCUUCUCCAUGGCCCUUCAUGAAGCAGAUCAUGGCCUCAUCAGCCAAAUAUUGGUGGAUUCAGAAGAGAAUCUUAGUGUUUGCACAGAGAAAAUGCAGCCCACAUCUCCAUACAACUGGAACGCAGAUUGGAGCUCCUGGGUCUCAAGUUCUACUUACAAAUAUCGGAAUGAAGAAUUUAAGAAACAAUUCUCACACCUGCCUGAUUUGGAAAGACUUGUAGUGGAUUAUGCCUGUGCCCUCCAAAAAGAUAUCCUUCUUCAAGGACGCUUAUAUCUGUCUGAAAACUGGAUCUGUUUCUACAGUAACAUCUUCAGAUGGGAAACUAUGAUUUCUAUCGCUUUGAAGGACAUAACCUUCAUGACAAAAGAGAAGACAGCUCGGCUUAUUCCAAAUGCUAUCCAAAUUGCUACAGAAGGAGAAAAGUUUUUCUUCACUUCCUUCAGUGCCAGAGACAGAAGCUACCUCAGUAUAUUUAGAUUAUGGCAAAAUGCAUUGUUGGAGAAGAUCUAGCCUUAGUGAUGAAUCUGGAGAUAAGGAACCAGCUAAGGCUGUUGGUAUAGUUCAAGAAUCCACUGCUCUGACUGAAGUUGAGACGGAAUUUCUUACUGGAAACUCACUUUUAGAAGUUGCUGAACCAGAGGAAUGUUAUUAUGAUAAACAAGACAAGAGGAAUUCAUUGAUUCAUUUAGAAAGGAAGCUCUCUGAUGCUGUACCACACAAAGUUUUAGUACAAUCCUUGGAUGUAAAUGAGAAUUUUCCUAAGGAGAAGAGCAGUGCCUCAGAAAGUGAUGAAGACGUAGCUGAGGAAGCCACCCUUGAGUGUGAACUCCAUGGAAAACUCUUUAUUAAUCGCAUUUUCCGUAUUGGUGCAGAUAAGCUGUUUGAAAUGCUUUUCACCAAUUCCCAUUUCAUGCAGACAUAUCUCAGGACUAGAAAUAUAACAGAUGUUGUGUCAACUUCUUGGAACCAAGAUAAUAGAGGCAAUCAACUCAGGACCAUGACUUACAGAAUUAUACUUAACAAUCCACUUAUUGGAAAAUCCACAACUGCAACAGAAAAACAGGUGCUCCGUAAACGAAGCCACAAAGAUCGGUCUUACCAAGUAGACGCAGAGGUGGUGACACAUGAUGUGCCUUACCAUGAUUACUUCUACAUUGUGAACAGUUUUAGUAUCUCUCAUAUGUCCGGUCAAAAAUGCAGACUCCGGAUUUCCUCAGAUGUGAAAUACAAAAAACAACCAUGGGGGCUUGUCAAGAAUAUAAUUGAAAAGAAUACAUGGGGAAGUAUCCAGGAAAAUUUCAAACAACUUGUCUAGCCCUUAAUGUGGCAUCAAAGGAGAAAACUCAUCAUAACAUGAAUCAAGCCCAAUAUGUGAAAGGGUUGUUAAAGGAUUCUAUAGCAUUGCUUGAACAGCUGAAGACCUCAUUGUCUAUGCUCCAGCAUAGUUUUGAUCACCUAAACACAACCAAAGAUGGGAAGCCUGAAAGUUGAUGUCACCAAAACCAACUAUUAAGAAGAAUAUUGCUGUGAUGGUAAAGCUGCUACUUUAUUAGUCUUUUCAUCACAAUACUUUUAUAUAAAAUAAAUGUUGUUCUGAAUUAAGCUUCUUUUAAAAAGAAUUUUCUUGUGAAUUUGUGAAACUUUAUGAAUCUUCCUGACCCACUUGAUGUCUCAUAUGUGUGUUUCUGUGUAUAUGUGUGUGUGUAUGUGUGAAAACACUUUCUUGAGCUGUGAAUACUGGUGGAAAUGAAUGUUUGAGAAAACAAUGAGAGCUGAUAAUUAUAUGUACAUUAGAGAUAAACACUUCAGCAAACCCUGCACUGUACUGUAUAAAGUAAUAAACACUGGAUUUAUAUGGAAAUGAUAAAAUGCAAUAUAAAAUGUUUGGUUUAUCACAUGCGAAGUUUUUCCACAUUUUUCUUUUAUCUAUGUAAAAAAAUCUUCAAAACUAAAUUGUUCCAACAUUUGGCUUAUUUGUUCCAGAUUUCUAUGAAUAAACCUAAAUUUUACAUGUA